AUGGAACAACCCCAGAGUCUUAGGUCUCUCUUUACCUCAGCAAAAGACGACAAGGAUGUGCUGGGAUCGCGAGGCGACACCAACACCGACUCGUACAAGGACGAUGUCCAAGCGACGAUCGCCAAGUUCCAAGAAUGCCAGCGACAAAUUGGCGUUCUGUCAUUUUUCAGCUCGAACGAGUCCCUGGAUGAUGUCUCCACAGGGGAUCUACCGUAUGGGCAUUGCAUGAGGAAAUGGGGGGUGAUUGUUGUGGCUAAUCCUUUCGUGGCUAGGUACAUGACGCUGGAAUACCAUCUGGCCGAGCUCAUGCAGCGGGCUCAUGGCUCGGAUCGCGAAUCUGUUCUUCGACGGGCGGCUGAGCAGUACGAGAAAUUUCUGAUGCGCUUGGAUGAAUAUGGGUUACUCUCUGGCGGGGAUAAGAAGCUCUGGGAGCAAUACAUGGCCAGCCCAUCAUCGUUUAUUCUGGCCCCCGUCAAUGACGCCGCCGCUCGACGGGAAGUCAAGGUCACGCGAUUCAGGGAAGAAAAAGAGCUCAAACAAAAACUCGAGUACCUUGCUCGCAAUGAGGCUCGGCUGCAAAGUGACGACGAAGACACCCGACGACUUUACCUGGCAGAGCUCCAACUCUAUACACACCAGACCUUCCAAUCGCUCGAUCUCCUGCUACAGGAAUUGACGAUGCUUUCGGCCAUGCGCAACGCCCCUCCCACCCAACUGCCGGCAGAUGACCCAAGACAACGGAGUAAUUUAGGAGGGUCCCACUACUCAGAUCGCCUAGACCCAUCCCUGUCACAAUUGCUGAAUGGCGGGAGAAAUGGUCCAAUACUGAAUAACAAAGGAAAGCCCAUGCAGCCAUUCACGCUGCUGGACCGCCGCUCGCAACUCCAGCAAGGAGUAUUUCGUCCAAGCCAUAAUCUUCCGACAAUGACAAUCGACGAGUAUCUUGAAGAAGAGAAGAGACGGGGCAAUUUCGUUCAGGGGGAGAGCAGUCGGGCAUUCAACCGGAAAUCGAUGAGGAUGACCUGGACAAGGCUGAUGAGGAAACUAUGA